AGCAAUGGAGCCUGAUGAAGAUGUAAAUGAAAAUUUAAAAACGCAGUUUAAGGCACUCCAAGAGCAGCAGCAGAAGAGGAUGCAAAAUCUGAUGGAGAAGAAAAAAGAAACUCAGCACAGCCUAAAGCAAAACAACAAGGAGAAUCAGGACGAGGCCUUUGGCAUCCCAGAUGCUCUCAACUUAUCGUUCUUGGCCAGCGAUGUGUCAGAUGCAGGCGUUGGCAAAAAGUUGCUUGAAAAUGAAAAUGAGCAGCUGCAGCAUCAACUUCGAGAGCUCAUGGAUGAGAACGGCAGGCUGUACAAGCUGUUGAAGGAAAGGGAUUUGGAGAUCAAGCAGCUUCACAAGAAGAUUGAGGAGGAAAGGCUGGCUCUAAUGGGGACAUCUGGCUUCUCUGGGGACGUUGCCGCUGCUAAAAUUGUGGAACUGGCCAAACAGAACCGACACAUGACGGCUGAGAUGGAAAGGGAGAAAACCAGAACGAAACAGCUGAACAACAGGAUCAGACAGUUGGAAAAAGAACUACAACUGUCGACUGUUAAGCUCCAACCCCACGGCGACAGCCCAGCUUCUCGUAAAAAGAUGGACGCCUCUCUGAGCCCAGAAAUGAAAGCUUUGCAAGAAAAAUUGUCAGCUGCCAAUCUCAAAAUGUCUGAUUAUCGCAACCAGCUCCAGACCACAAAGCAGGAACUUAAAUUGUUGCACAAGCUUUUGGCAAAUGAAGUGGGAGAAGACAUCAACGUUCAAAGUCUUUUGUCUACCCCGGGCAGCUGGCGAGGACGGGCUCAGCAGAUUCUUGUCCUGCAAGGCAAAGUUCGGGAGUUAGAAACCCAGCUGAAUCACAGCAAAAGCAGGUUAUCUGAGAAUGAUGCCAAUGAAGAACCAUUAAGCUUCACUGAGUCAAGGAAGACGUCAGCCCAGGUGAAGAACCAGCUGCGGAUCCGAAGCUUGGAAAGGGAAAAGAAAGAAGCUUUGGAGAAGCUUAUGAACCAGCAUCAGGUCCUCCAGAAGGAUCAUGAGGACCUGAAGAAGAAGCUGGAUGGGUCCAAAGCAAGGAACAAAGUCUUGUCCAAUGAGCUGAAAACUUUAAAGGAGCAAAAUUCAACCCUGCUGGACAAGGGGAAACAUGACGAUGAACUUGUUGAUGCUUUACUGAGCCAGCAGAAGGAAAUGCAGGUCAUCUUAAAGAAUCUGAGCCAGCAGGAAGAGAGGAACGCAGAGUGUCACAAGACCCUGGGGAUGCAGCUGAAUGUCGAGGUCCAGAAGCAAAGCUGCCUCAUUGAGCAGCUCAAGCGGAUGGUGGCGGACCGAGAGGCUCAGGUGAAGCAGCUUGAGGAGAUGGUCAGGCAGCUCAAGUUGCAGCAGCAGCGUCCUCCCCAACCAGAGGAAAGUGGUUCGGAUUCCAUUUCCACAUUGUCUACAGAGUCUUUAGAAGAGGCAAAUUCCACUUUCGCACCCCAGAAGGAAGACUAUAAUAGAAGUAACAGCUGUGCACGGACACUGACGAAGAUGGGACACACCCUUGUGGAUUCGGUAGCGACUUUGUUUCCAGCUGCUCACGCUCCUGGGAGGGUGUCGGAGCCUAACGAACUCGAUAUCGGGACCCUGAAGAUGCAGAUCACAGAAUACAAAGCUCUUUGUCAGGCCGCAGAAGUGGAACGGGAUCGUCUGAUAGAGCUGGUCAGCCUCCUACAGAAAAGGGUGGACGACAGCAUUGCUAAGGUUUGGGAGGCGGAGAAGAACUUUCAAGAACAGCAGCGCAAGUACAUCAGUCUAGAGCAGCAGUUUGCAAAGCUGAAAACAGAGUCGGGGAAACCGGUUGGUGCCUCAAAAGCGUACUCCAGAAACAAAGCAGCUCAGCCACCCAGCAGCACCAGGAUGAGCUGGAAUGCAGGAGAUAAGAAAGACCUCCCAUCCAUGCAACUUUCAGAAGUCCCUCUGGAGUCUCAGUUAGAGGAGCUAUCCACACAGCUCGCAAUCCAGGUGGAUGAGAACAAUGCGCUGAAGAACGCCUUGCAGGACACGGUCAGGAUCAAGGAGGAGGACUUCCGGGUGUACCAGGACACCGUGGGACAGGUGAAGGAGAUCUUCCUGCACGCUCUGAAGCAGCAGAAGCAGGAGAAGAACUAAGCCAGGCCCAACCUGGGGGCGGCCCAGUGGAGGGAGGGGGUUUCUCCCAACGUUCAGGUUUGCUCCCUCCAAGGUGACUCUUGUUUGAACACUUGCAGGAGGGAGUGAGAUACACAACAGACCUUGGUCCUGUGGAAGAAGUGGGUGGUGCUGUUUCAGGCUUUUCCCAGCUAGAGAAGCUUCGGGGCCAGCUCCUCUCGUCCAUA